GCAACCAUGGAAGUUGAUCUCACGCAUGGAAGUCAGAUGAUCUAUGUUAUCCCAGAAACAAUGAUGACGAUUGGUGAUUUCUACCGAAAUGUUCAGAUUUCUUUUCUUACAAGGGGCUAUAAGCAUGGCAAAACAGUGAAGCUAAUCUCUUAAUCACAAGAGGUAUGGUAGGCAGACUGUCUAAUACACCUAAUGUUGGGUUUGCCUAUGAAGUGCAGGGAGUAGUAGAUUACCUAACAUCUCACGGAGUCAAAGCCCUACCUAGAGCUUUUCCACAAGAUCUUUACAAGGUUUAAAUUGGGUAAUUAACCCUACUCAGGCAAUAAUCCCUAUGCAACCAGCUGAAGUAAACAAUCAAACAAUGGUGGAUGCUGAAGAAUAUGAAAAUUCAAAGGGAAAAAGGAAGGAGAAAUUCAAAACGGGGAGAUGGGAUACUCUGGGACAACCAAGUGGGUGAUGAAGAAGAGAAUAAUCCAAAUACACCAGAUAAACCAGAAAAGCGGGAACAAGAAACAACCACAGAAGAUAGGUACUCCUCUUCUUAUGAACCACAUAUUCUAGUACAUAAAAUAUCUUCGCAGGCAGUUAUCCCAGAAAGGCAGACAGCAGGAUCUGCAGAGUUGGAUAAAGCAGCAAGUCAUGCAGCUGUUAUUGAACCCUAUGGAAGGGAUCUUAUCCAUACCGGGUUACAAAUUGAAGUUCCUUAUGGUUACUAUGGACAGUUAGCCUCACGAUCAGGGCUAGCCUGGAAAAGUGGAAUAGAAGUCGGAGCAGGAGUUAUUGACUCCGAUUAUCGAGGAGAAUAUGUUGGGUUGACUGGUGCAAGGUUGGAUGGACCAGAAAUGCUUGCUUGUGGCCUGGCUACUCACUUUGUCCCUUCUAUGAAAUUGGCAUUAUUGGAAGAAGCACUGGCAAAGGUGGAUACUUCAGAUCAUUUUUCUAUCUGCUCAGUUAUUGAUCGAUUUUCAAAUAAUGUGCCUGUGAAAGAAAGUAGUGCUUUUAAAAGCUUGGAUGUGAUUGACAAAUGCUUUUCGAAGGAAACAGUCGAAGAAAUUUUGUCUUCCCUUGAACUGGAAGCUGUAAAUGCAGCUGAUGAGUGGAUUAAGGGUGCAAUCCAGUCCUUGAAAAAAGCAUCUCCGAUGAGUCUGAAAAUUACUCUAAGAGCGAUCAGAGAAGGACGAACACAGGGAAUUGGCCAAUGCUUGAUUAAAGAUUAUCGACUGUGUUGCCAUAUUUUGCGGAAAGAAGCUAGUAAAGAUUUCUUUGAGGGUUGCAGAGCUUUGUUGGUGGUUAAAGAUAAAAAUCCAAAGUGGGAGCCUUCUCGAUUGGAUUUAGUAGAUGAUAAAGCGGUGGAUAACUGUUUUUCCGCAGUCGAUGAUGCAAACUGGGAGGACCUAAGACUCCCUGCUAGACCUGGGUUAUCGUUCAAAUACGGGUCGAAAUUGUGAGAUUGUAUUUUCAAUACGAUCCCUAUCCCGAUCCCGACCUCACUUUACUAAUGCAUCUAUUUGUUUAGAACUGGAGAAGAGAAAAUAGAUGUGGAAUGACUACUGGUGGCACAAAUAAAUUCCCAGCAAGUUGGGUAAUGAAUGAUUUCUAGGCAUAAACAUUAUGAUUGGCUAAAUAAAGUCGAAUAAAACAUAUUUCAUUGGUUUCGCUAUC